CUUUACAAAAUUUCAGACCAUAAUAUUUUCUAAAAUCUCUCGUAACUAAUAUAACAACACCUGCGAAAGAAAUGGUACUUGUAAGAGCAACCACUCAAAACACGCAAAUAAGCUGUGCUAUCAAGGCGAGCAACGAGCUUGUAAAGAAUUUACACCGUGAUGGAUUAGAUCGUGGAUGUAUUGCAACAUUUAAUGACUCUAUGGUAGUAAGACAGUCCUUCACCAGAGAUGAAGCAUCACUUUAUCGUUCACUUAACGGGUUAAGCAACGUCGUUAGUGGUGGCACUCGCCUUUACGACAGUAUGAUUGAUGUCAUAAAAACUUUUCAACGUAAUGGUGAUCGUUCUCGUCCCUGGAUUUUGGUUGUCGUGACUGAUGGUGAUGACAAUCGUAGCAGUCGAGGUUUAAAAAAAUGUGCUGAAGAAAUAUCACGUCUAUUUACAAAGAAAUCAAAUAAUUUCCUGUUUGUAGUUGGAGUUGGAGACGGUGUAGAUUCAACGAAAAUGGAACAGAUGGCUAGCAUUGGCAACUUUAUUUACUUUCCCGUCAAAGAUUUUUAUCUUCUUGAACUUGUAUUCUUGACUAUUGCUCACGAAAUCACCACUUCUCUAUCUCUCUCGGUCGGAAAUAUUUCAGUUGGUAACUAUUCCGCAUCAUGGGCCGAGGUUCAAAGACACAGAAAUCUCUGCCAAGUGGCGAUAGAUUAUGCUCUCUUGAUCGACGUAUCUGCUUCCAUGAAUAGUGUAAUACGUCCGCCACCACCUCAAUGUUUUGAAGGACAUGAUUUGAAAAAGAAAUAUUACGAAGGGUGUUGGUAUUGUGACGUGUGUGGAAAAGAUAGUAAUUCUACGGUAUCCCAAUAUCAUUGUGAACUUUGCAAUUUUGACGCUUGCUCUAGCCAUUGCAAGUCUGGAGAAGAAUGCAAGCCCGAGAGUACCUGUCGAAGUCGUCACCCUCUCCGUUAUACACAAACAUCAGGAAUGUGGAUGUGCGAUGAAUGUGGAAAGUAUUAUUAUGGAAAACGUUUAGGUUGUUAUAAAUGCGAUUAUGACAUGUGUUCGACAUGUUUGGCAAAAGAGGAUCUUUCUUUAUUGAUGACAAGUUUGUUUAUCAGAUGAAUAACGUCAUUUAGACAUAUUACACGAUUGAAAUUCUUUUUUCUUUUAUUUAAUUUUUUUAUGUUGUAAUAUUAUUAAAUUUAUAUUUAUUUUUAUUAUACAUUU